AUGAAGAAUCUCAUAAUACCUUAUCACUUAUUUAUACAUAUUGCAUAUAAAUUUAAUAGUAAAAUCUUCAUUAUUACAGUUGUAUCUAAUAAUGAAAAUUCACUGAAGCUAGGCUUUCAGUAUACUUGUGAUGUAAUUAGAACAGAUAAUAUUGAAUCAAGUCCAUCAACAGCAAUUAACAAAUGCUAUCAAAAUACUUUUAAAACAAAAACUGAAUACUCUGGUUUGGCCAUAAUAGAAUUCAAAAACGAAAAUAUUAUUCAACAGUUGAUCAAUGAUAUAGUAUUUUUUCCAAUAUUUGUUCGUAUAGAAAAGCUUGCUAUGGUAAUAACAAACAUUGGUGAUCUAGAUAAAAAUAGAUUCUAUGAAAUUGGCACUGAAUUUGUUUCUUCGUAUACUAAUAUAAUACCUGUUUCAAAAAAAGAAUCGUCUAUAGAAUUUUGGAGCAAAGCCUUAGAUCCUAUUGCUGAUAGAAAGUUAUUAAAAAGUCUUUAUGAAAAUAAUGUUAUACAAUUAGAUAAAAAAAUUUCAGCACCAGUACCAAAACCACAUCUGCAAGAUACAAUAUUCUGGAAUAGCUUUAGAGACACUAUGCUUUCAAACAAAAGAGGAUCAGAUGAUAAAAUUCAUAUUCUUUUAAUUAUUGCUCUGAAGUUUAAAUACUGCGUUCUCAAAAAAGAAUUAGCAAUUGAAUCUGAAACAAUAAAUAAAGCUAGAAAACAUGCCCUACUUUAUGAUCCAGACAUACCAUCUUUACAAAAACCUAUAAGAACCAUUCAUCGAUUCUCUAAUGUUCAAGAAAAUCA